UUGGUUUUUGUGUGGAGUUUGGUGUUUGGAUUUUGAUAUUGGAAGGUUUAUGCAUGUUGGGGUGAGGAAUGGUCCACGCCAGUAAGAAUGAGGCGUUAACGCUUCCUUCCUUAUCUCUUUGUUACGCUUUCUUAGAUUCAGCUUUCACAACACAACACAAGACAUGAACAUGGCUUCCCUGACUGCCCCAAAGCACUACUCCCUCCCCACCUUCCUCCGCCCUCAAUCUCCCAAAUACCCUUCUCACUAUCCACUCCUUUCCACAUCCUCUGCUUCUCAAUUCUGUGGCCUCAAGCUAUCUUUCUCCACUCCCAAUGCCAAUGCUGCUUCUCCGCUUCUACUUCCUUCCGUUUUUGCCAAGGUGAGUAAAGGUUCAAAGCCACCACCAUUCACGCUCAAAGAUCAAGAUGGAAAGACCGUGAGCCUCUCCAAAUUCAAAGGCAAACCUGUGGUUGUCUAUUUCUACCCUGCAGACGAGACCCCUGGCUGCACCAAGCAGGCUUGUGCUUUCAGGGACUCCUACGAGAAGUUCAAGAAAGCAGGAGCCGAGGUUGUUGGAAUCAGCGGCGACGAUCCUUCCUCUCACAAGGCUUUUGCCACCAAGUACAGACUUCCAUUCACUUUGUUGAGUGAUGAGGGUAACAAAGUCAGGAAACAAUGGGGAGUACCUGGUGAUUUCUUUGGAGCAUUGCCUGGCAGAGAGACCUAUGUUCUUGACAAGAAUGGUGUCGUUCAACUUGUUUACAACAACCAGUUCCAACCUGAAAAGCACAUUGAUGAGACCUUGAAACUACUUCAGGGUUAGUUAGUUACUUAUCUGUAUUCUCUUGGGAUGUCACAUUGCUAUCUAAGCAAGGUUCUUGUUGGAUUAACAAGUACAUAUCAUUCGCCCAAUGCUAGCUUCACAUACAUUUAUCAAAUAAAACCAACCAUUACGAUAACUUUAAAGGAUUUAUAAUUUAUUCAUGGAUAUAUUAUUAUCUGACACUGUAAAACAUGACUCUGCUAUAUAUAUAAAGUAGCUAGCAAGACUCAUCCCUAAAA